AUGGCUCGAAGUAUAACAGAGCAGCGGCAACGUAGAGCGUGUCAUGUGCACUUGUUUCUCUUUAUACUGACUUUGUGUCUCGAUGCAUCAUCUGCACUGGGAUUUGAGAGUGUGGGAUUAACAUACGGUUUAAGAUCUGAACUUUCAGAGGAUGCUAUUCUUGUUGCCAAUAAUGGAGUGCGGGUUCCUUUCGGCAGAUCUGUCUAUAUUGAUCCAAUCAAUGACCUGGUUAUCCAAGUUCAGCCCGGCGACCAGUGCACCAUAACAGUUCUGGAUAAUGACCCGCUGUCACAGAGACCGGGACAGCUGUCCCCGAAAAAGUUUCCUUGUGAAUUUGGUCCCAGUGAUGUAAAAUACUCGCAUUUCGGAUCCAAGAGCCCUUCAAAAGACAGAGUAAGACUUCAGGUCAGAUAUGAUACUCAGACUGAUACAGUCAUCAUUCCCUUUAUGAUGGAAGUUGAGGUGAUUUUCACUCAGCUUGAGAUUCUUACCAAACACAUGCCUGUAUCUGUAGAGAAACUGCUUGGAAUGAGUAAUCCGAUUGAUAAGAAAAUCCUGGAGUUUACUUAUGAUAGAAAUGCUCAUUUGUGUAAAGUAACAUCUCUGGCCAGUGGCAGCUCAUUACCCAGGUAUGGAAAGCUGAUUGAUAAUGGAAAAUUAGGGAAACCUGUCGACUGUGAAGAUUUUGUCAGGAUGGACAUUCGCUAUCAGCAUACUUUUACACAUCGUUCUCCAAACCGAGAUUAUAUUCCCAUGUAUUUAGAGUUACAAGAUAAAGAAGCAAAUGUACUGAAGCAAGAGUUUUUCCAAAUCGUGGUGAUUAUAAAGGAAGGUGAGGAAAACACAGCACCUAAACCGAGUUUUGUAGCAAUGAUGAUGAUGGAAGUGGACCAGUUUGUAAUGACUGCUAUAACCCACGAUAUGCUUGCUGCUGAGGAUGUGGAAUCUAAUCCUGAUGAUUUAAUCUUCAACAUCACUUCCCCGCUGUCCUUUGAGGAGGGCUACAUUGUGAGCACGGAUGACAGGAAUUUGCCCAUCACAUCUUUUUAUCAAGCAGACCUGAAAGAUCUUAAAAUAGUUUACAAGCCUCCCUCUGUGGAUUCAGAUGUAGAGAGAAUUUUCCAAAUUGAGUUUGAAGUUGUAGAUACCGAGGGGGCUUUAUCAGACCCUUUUGCAUUUAUGAUAUUAGUUAAGCCCAUGAACACUCUAGCUCCGGUUGUGACCCGUAACACUGGCCAAUUGCUUUAUGAGGGUCAGUCGAGGGCACUGUCCAGCUCACAAAACCUACAAAUUAGUGACGAGGACAACUUCGACCACGUCCAAAUCACAGCUAUUAAUGGCCUUCGCCAUGGAGAGCUAACAGUUCUGGGUUCCAAACGAAAAUUCUUCACCCCAGCAGAUCUUGAUGUCGGGAGCGUCAUCUACCAGCAUGAUGGCAGCGAUACAUACAGCGAUAAUAUAAUUUUCAGAAUGACAGAUGGAAAAACUGAAGUUGAGUUUCUAUUUCCCAUAACUGUGGUGCCAACUGAUGAUGAACCUCCCAUAAUCAAUGCCAACACAGGUUUAAUUGUGUUUAAAAACCAAAUGAUGCCCAUUACUUCUUUAAUGCUUAGUGCAGCAGAUAUAGACUCUGAGGAUUCAACUAUUAAAUUCAUCAUGGUGCCUCCAUACUCUACAAUAGGAGAAGUGAUACUUCGUCAAUCAGAUGCACCGGAGGAUCCAUCCACAUGGAGAUUCAAUGCCCAAGAUGAGAUGUAUGAGAAAGUAGUGACAGAAUGGUUCCAUUACGACAUUACAGAAGGCAAGCUGUUUUACAGGCAUAUCGGACCACAUAAUACAAAGACCAUCAUGGACCAGUUUGUUUUCCAUGUACAAGAUGACAAUGACCCACCAAACCAAUCAGGUGAGAACUCUUUCAUCAUCAAAGUUCUCCCCAUUGAUGAUAUACCCCCAGAGCUGUAUCCCGGUACCACUCUGAAAGUGACCGUUCAUGAGUACCAGCUCACCUAUUUUCGAAAGAAGUUCUUGCGCUACACAGACUUGGACUCAGAAGACAGAGAUUUAAAAUACACAAUUACCAAGCCACCCACUGACACAGAUGAGAACAGCCCUGGCAUUCUAGGAAGCAUCGUUUUAACUGAGAGUCCAAAUUCAGAAGUCACAGAGUUCACUCAGGCACAGAUAAAUCAUCACAAGAUAGCCUACAAACCUCCUGAUCUAGAGCUUGGAAUAACCCCGCAUGUGGUGCAGUUCCAUUACAGAGUGGAGGACAUGGCAGGAAACAGCGCCAAUGGAGUUUUCACCAUAUUUUUACUGCCUGUUGACAACAAGCCUCCCCAGAUCACCAACACAGGCUUUACCGUGCAAGAACGAGGGGUGCACGUCAUCACACGUGCUGAACUGGACACCACAGAUGCCGACACGGACAGCUCACAGAUUCUGUUUACAAUCACCCAGCCUCCAAAGCACGGCCAGGUUAAGUACACAUUCACUGAUAUGACUAAAGGGAAUUCAUUUAAUUUGGAUGAUUUAUCUUUUGGCAGAAUAUCUUACAUUCAUAAUGGUGAUGAGUCAACCAGCGAUUUCUUCCAGUUGGAUGUCAGUGACGGUGUCCACGUUGUCACAAUCACUGUCAGGAUCAAUGUGAAGCCUAUUGAUGAUGAAGCACCAACCAUCAGCCUUCCAGAGGGCACUAUUGGCUCUUACAUAGAUGUUUUGGAGAAUGGAGUGACUGAGAUCACCACCAACGUCAUUCAGGGUCGAGACGAGGACACUGAUGACCUCAGGCUGACCUUUAUAGUAGAGGACCCCCCAGUGUUUGGUGAAGUAUUAGUUAAUGGUGCGCCCUCCAAUAGGUUCACUCAAGCAGACAUCAUUAGUGGCUUGGUAGUAUAUGCACAUAACAGUGGAGAAAUUGGCUUGACAACAAAACAUGACUUCUUUAAUCUUACGCUUACUGAUAUGUCUGAUGAAUGGACAGUUGGGGGAAAUAAAAUCAAAGGUGUUCGUGUACAAGUCACUAUUCUGCCGUUGGAUAGUCAGGCCCCUGAGGUUUUUGUGGGCCCCCAAUUCAUUGUCAUGGAGGGGGAGAAAAAAGUUAUUGUAAUCUCACAUAUUAGUGCUAAUGACAUCGACACCCCUAAUGAUGACCUUCUUUGCACAAUUAUUGUACAGCCCACCUCAGGGUACGUAGAAAACAUCUCCCCUGGUCCAGGCUCUGAAAAAUCCAGAUCAGGGAUUGCUAUUAGCGCUUUCACCAUUAAAGACAUUCGGGAAAAACACAUUUAUUAUGUCCAAAGUAUUCAUAAAGGUGUUGAGCCAGUUGAGGACAGGUUUACUUUCAGGUGUUCAGAUGGGAUAAACUUUUCAGAGAGACACUUUUUCCCAAUCAUGAUAAUCCCAUCCAAUGACGAAAAGCCAGAGAUCCAUAUGAGAGAGUUUGUUGUAACUGAAGGCAUGAACAUUGUGAUUGACACUCCAAUAUUAAAUGGCGCCGAUGCUGAUGUUCCAGCGGAUGAGCUCACGUUUAUUAUUUCGAAACCUCCGAAACAUGGAUAUAUCCUCAAUCAGUUAAUCUCAGCCACUAUGCCUAUCAUAAACUUCACACUCAAUCAGAUACUAGAGGGUUCAAGUAUUGUCUACGAGCAUGAUGAUUCAGAAACCACAGAGGAUAGUUUUGAUGUUCUACUUACUGAUGGCAAAUUCACAGUGGAGAAAACCGUCAUGAUUAUGGUCAUUUUGGCUGACGAUGAAACCCCAAGGAUGGCGAUUAAUGAUGGCCUUGAAAUAGAAGUAGGAGAGGUGAAAAUAAUCAGCAAUCAAGUUUUAAAAGCCACUGAUCUGGAUACAGAAGACAGCAUUCUGAACUACAUCAUCCGUUAUGGACCAAAUCAAGGGUUUUUACAAAAGCGAACACCGUUUCGAGCUCUAGAAAACAUAACUGUUGGAAUGAACUUCACACAAAAUGAGGUUGACCAAGAUAUGAUUGUGUACAUUCACAAUGGACAAGAGGGAGUUCGUGACCUUAUUAAAUUUGAUGUUACUGAUGGCAUUAACCCUUUGAUUGACAGAUACUUCUAUGUAACUGUUGGUGGAAUAGACAUGGUGUUCCCUGAUGUUAUCAGCAAAGGCGUUUCUCUGAAAGAAGGAGGAAGGGUGACUCUAACCACAGACCUGCUCAGCACUAGUGAUCAUAACAGCCCCGAUGAACACUUGGUGUUCACCAUCACAUGUGCCCCCAUACAAGGACACUUAGAGUGCACUGAUGUGCCAGGGAUUCCCAUUAGUUCAUUCACUCAGCUUCAACUAGCUGGAAAUAAAAUUUACUACAUCCACACGGCUGAUGAUGAGGUGAAGAUGGACAGCUUUGAGUUUGAAGUGACAGAUGGCUACAAUCCUGUGUUCCGCACCUUCCGUGUGUCUCUUACGGAUGUGGACAAUAAAAAGCCUAUGGUCACCAUUCACGGUCUGGUUGUUAAUGAAGGUGAAAAUAAGUUAAUCACUCCUUUUGAGUUGACGGUGGAGGACCGUGAUACAGUCGAUCACCUUUUAAAAUUUACAAUCACCCAGGUGCCUGUACACGGCAAGUUGCUGUUUAACAACACCCGACCUGUCACUUCCUUCACCAAGCAGGAACUGAAUGAAAACAUGAUACGUUAUAAACACGAUGGAACCGAGUCUGCCUCCGACAGCUUCUCGUUUAUUGUUACUGAUGGAACUCACACAGACUUUUAUGUGUUCCCUGACACGGUUUAUGCAACUCGCAAGCCCCAGAUGAUGAAAAUCACAAUUUAUCCAGUGGACAAUGGAGUUCCGCAGGUUGUGACUAAUAAGGGUGGUACAACAUUAAGAAUUCUACCUACUGGUCACCUUGGGUUCCUGAUCACUAGUAAAACAUUAAAGGCAGAAGACAGAGACAGCCCUCACGGAGCAGUGACUUUUAAAAUUACUGUGGCUACUGAACAUGGCUACCUCAUUGACUUUGGGAAAGGCAAUGCCACUAUCACCACUUUCACCCAAGCUGACAUCGAUGUUAUGCAUAUAUGCUACGUGCUUCGAGAUGGAGACAAUGCCACAAGCGACACAUUCCACUUUUCCAUCGAAGACAGUGGGGGCAACAAGCUGAAAAACCAACUUUUCCUGCUAAACUGGGCUUGGAUCUCCCUGGAGAAAGAGUACUACCAGGUGGAUGAGGAGACCAAGUUUCUGGAGGUGGUCUUGAGACGAAGAGGUUACCUUGGCGAGACCUCAUUUGUUAGUAUUGGUACCAAAGAUGGUACGGCUGAAAAGGACAAAGAUUUCAGAGGGAAAGCACAGAAACAAGUCCAGUUUAACCCGGGUCAGACCACUGCCACCUGGAAAGUGCGCAUCUUGUCGGACAGCCGGUAUGAGCAGUCCGAGACCUUCCGGAUUGUCCUCUCAGAGCCUGUCAUGGGAGCACUGGAGUUCCCAGAGGCAGCAACAGUGGAGAUUGUUGACCCCGGAGAUGAAUCCACAGUGUUCAUCCCCUUGUCUACAUAUUCGAUUGAGGAAGAUAUUGGAGAACUUCUGAUUCCUGUGCGGAGAUCUGGAGAUGUCAGUCAAGAGCUUAUGGUUGUCUGCUUCACACAACAAGGUACAGCCAAGGGCACAGUUCCCACCACGGUGCUUUCUUAUUCUGACUACAUUUCUCGACCUGAGGAACACCACAGCAUGCUGCGUUUCGAUAAAGGGGAGACGGAGAAGCAUUGUCGUGUAGUCGUCAUUGAUGAUUCACUCUACGAGCCAGAGGAAAUUUUUAAUGUCACCCUCAGCAUGCCCAUGGGCGGCCGUCUGGGUCAGGAGUUCCCCACCACCAGAGUCACUAUCCUGUCUGAUGCGGAUGAUGCACCAGUGUUUUACUUCGGAGAAACUGAGCACCAUGUGGAUGAGAGUGAUGGUUAUGUGGAAGUCCGGGUUUUGAGAACAGGAAGUGACCUUUCCAAAACCGGAACUGUCACAGUAAGGUCUCGAAAAACUGAGCCUGUUUCUGCCGAAGCUGGUGUGGACUAUGUUGGGAUCAGUACGAAGCUAGACUUCUCCCCAGGUGUCAGCAUGCAGACGUUCAAGGUUACAAUCCUGGAUGACCAGGGACAGCCGGUGCUGGAGGGGCCAGAGAAGUUUGAGCUGGUUCUCCGCAUGCCCAUGAACGGCAUAUUGGGUGAACCAGGAAAAGCUACAAUCUACAUCAACGACUCCAUCUCAGAUUUGCCCAAGGUGCAAUUCCGAGAUCCUACGUACACAGUUAAUGAGAAUGAUGGACAGAUUUCUGCUCUUGUGUACCGGAGUGGAGACCUGAGCUACAGAUCCAGUGUGCGGUGUUACAGCCGUCAAGGCUCGGCCCAAGUCAUGAUGGACUUCAACGAGAGGCCAAACACAGACGUCUCCACCAUUGUCUUUUUACCAGGAGAGGGGGAGAAGCCUUGUGUCCUCAUCCUCGUGGAUGACACCAAACAUGAGGAAGACGAGGAGCUGAGUUUGGUGCUGGGAAGCCCCAGGAGUGAGUCUCCAUUUGGGGCCUCUAUAGGGGCUCAGAAUGAGACACUCAUCAAGAUAAAGGAUGAUGCUGACAAGGCCAUUAUCAGGUUUGGAGCAACCAAGUUCAGUGUCAGUGAACCCAGUGAGUCUGGGCAAAUCUGGACAGGAGACACAUCUAAAGUGUCUGUGGUGCGGGUCCACACAAAGGAUGGCUCAGCUUCCUCUGGAGAAGAUUACCUUCCCAUCUCUGAAGAUGUGGAGUUUAAAGAAGGAGAGACUGAGCACAUUGUGGAAGUGGAAAUUCUGUACGAUGGUGUGCAAGAGAUGAGAGAGGCCUUCACUGUCCACCUCAAACCUGAUGAGAAGAUGGUAGCAGAGAUUCAGGUAACCAAAGCCAUCAUUUACAUUGAAGAGACGAACAGUAUGGCCGAUGUGACCUUUCCUGCCGUGCCAGUAGUGGUGUCUCUGUUGCACUACGAUGAUACAAGCAGCACUAGAGAAAUUCAGCCAGUCGCAGGAUAUCCUGUAGUCUGUGUCACGUCAUGCAACCCCAAGUAUCCUGACUUUGACCGGACGGGUUCCAUCUGUGUUGCUGAGCACAUCAAUAACACCCUGACCCGGUACCGCUGGCUGGUCAGCGCCCCGACAGGACCUGACGGGGUGACCAGCCCCAUGAAGGAAGUGGAAUUUGACACCUUCUUCACUUCCUCCAAAACGAUCACAUUAGACUCAGUGUAUUUCCAGGCAGGCUCGCGUGUGCAGUGUGCAGCCCGGGCUGUCAACUCUAAUGGGGAUGAAGGCCUGGAGCUCACCAGCCCCAUAGUCUCCAUCAGCCAGGAAGAGGGAAUGUGUCAGCCUCGUGUUGUUGGCACAGUUGGAGCUGAGCCUUUCUCUGCCAGGCUGCGCUACACUGGAGCAGAAGAUCCAGACCACCCAAACCUCAUUAAACUGACUGUUACCAUGCCACAUAUUGAUGGAAUGUUACCUGUAGUGUCCACUCGGGCACUCUCAAACUUUGAGCUGACCCUGAGUCCAGAUGGCACACGUGUAGGAAACCAUCGCUGCUCUAACCUGCUGGACUACACAGAGGUGCGGACGCGAUACGGCUUCAUCACAGACACCACCCGUAAUCCAGAUGCCAUUGGUGGGACGCCACCCUACCAGUACAGCACGGGUCUCAGGGGCCAAAACACCCUACGAUUCUACCGAAACCUGCACCUGGAGGCAUGCUUGUGGGAGUUUGUGAGCUACUAUGACAUGUCUGAACUGCUCAGUGAUUGUGGAGGGACCAUUGGGACGGAUGGACAGGUGCUGAACCUGGUGCAGUCUUACGUGACCCUGCGUGUGCCCUUGCACGUGUCAUAUGUCUUCCACUCACCCGUCGGUGCUGGUGGUUGGCAGCACUUUGACCUGCAGUCUGAGCUGCGUCUCACUUUUGUUUACGAUACUGCAAUCUUGUGGAGAGAUGGCAUUGGUAGUCCACCGGAGGCUGAAUUACAAGGUGCCCUCUAUCCUACAAGCAUGCGCAUUAACGACCAAGGCCGUUUGGUCGUCAACUUCCGUACAGAAGCACGGUUUCGGGGACUCUUUGUAACUGAACAUUCAGCCUCCCCCAUGACUUCCACGGUCAUCUGUGCGGACCAUCCCGGGCUGACCUUUAACCUUAGCUUGGUGAGGAGUGAGCCGACAUACAACCAGCCAAUCCAGCAGUGGACCUUCAUCUCUGACUUUGCUGUGAGGGAUUACUCAGGAAUGUACACGAUUAAACUGGUCCCCUGCACUGCUUCUCCCGAUACUGAGUACAGCUUCCGUCCUGUGUGCCACCCCAGAGAGCCAAUUACCUUUGAUCUGGACAUACGCUUCCAACAGGUGAGUGAUCCAGUGUCCACAGAGUUCAGUCUUAACAAACAGAUGCUCCUGCUUUCAAAGAAAACUCUCUGGUUGUCAGACGGCUCCAUGGGCUUUGGUCAGGAGAAUGAUACAGCUUUCUCCAAGGGAGAUGUCAUCUAUGGCCGUGUUAUGGUGGAUCCUGUUCAGAAUCUUGGAGACUCAUUCAUCUGUAACAUUGAGAAGGUGUUCCUGUGCACAGGGGCAGAUGGAUACAUCCCAAAAUACAACCCUGACAACUUUGAGUAUGGCUGCCUAGCUGAUUCACCAUCUCUUUUGUACCAAUUCAAGAUCAUUGACAGAGCUCAGCCAGAAACUCAGGUGAGAACAUUUGGCAGCAUUGGUUUCAAUGCUUUCCUCGCUGUAGAUGAUCCUCAGGCGCUGCCGCUUGUGAGGCAGCCGGGCUCUGAUGGCUUUAGGCUGGACUCCACAGCUUUGUUUCAGGUGUCGGCAGGCAGAGAGUGGUACAUUCACACCAUUUACACCGUCCGGUCCAGAGACUAUGCUAACCGAGGCAUCGGGAAAAGGAGCCUUGAAUAUCAUUCUGUAACACAUGGUCACUCGAUUUCCAAAAGUUCAACUAACCGCGUUCCAGAUUUGGCUCAGGAUAUUGGCAUAGACAAUAAUCGCGGCACAAAUAUGUUACACAUAGCCCUUAACCGCAGUGCUCAGAAACAUCCCAACCUUCACAAGGAAUCCCAGGCAGAGGGGAUCGUUCCUAGAGAACUGAAUCAAAGGGACUCCAGUGACGAUCAGCUUGUCGUGAUCAUAGGAAUCUUGGUAGGUCUUCUCUUUACCAUCCUCGUCAUUCUGGUGGCACGAUCUAAGAAUGUCACUGAGUCCCCCAAAGGCUCCAGCAGCACAGAGCCCAUGAUGAUACAAGGCCUCCAUAUCAACAACAACUCAGAGGUUUGAUUUCCCAACAGUGGAUGCUUUUAUUUAAAUCACUGUUUAGUUGCAAGUGCCUCUUGUUCAUUUGCUCAGGCACGCAGACACAUACAGUAUUGACUCGGAGUGGUUAAGUUCUACAUCUCCUCUGGAUUUUGUCGGUCCGAGAGUGUACUUGAAUUUCAGAAGCACUUCUGCCAUCACUGCUUUAAUAACUGAAAUCUGAAUCUUUUGCAGAGAGAAUCAGUUGUACUACUGUUACAACUGUUUGAUGGCAUUGAUAUCCAUCCAAAGUUUUAUUUUAUAUCCAAAGGUACAAGAUGAAAGAACGGUAUAAUGGGAAAGAAGUCACUGGUCAUUUUUAUUGGCUCAUCAUUAUGGUUGAUAUUAAGGUUGAACAAAUCAAAGUGUAGUCUAUACUGGGUGGGUGAUCCAUCCAUUAUCCAUCAUUUUUGUAUGUUUUUUUCAUCACUAUUGUUUCUACUUUACAAAUGAAAUGUACUGUGAUACAAUAACUUCAAUAACAUUAACUAGGAUUUUUGCUUCGAUCAAGCUUCGGUAAGAAUGAAAUUGUUUCAGUAUUGGCUAAAGAAAAGCACAUUAGUAUUAUUUUUCGGUAUUUUAUGUAUUUAUGGUCACAAUCAAGUUUGCAUGGUUUCCUUUUUCUUUAUCUACACUUACUGUGUAAAAAAUGUAUUAUAGUGAGUUAUAAGUCAGAUAAAAGGAUCAAAUGAUUUUUGCCAUGUAAAAUUUUAUUGGCAUUUCACAAUCAACGGUUGCUUGAUUUUUUCAGCGACUUUUGUACCUGAAUGCAAUGCUGAUUAGCAUGAUAUCAAACAACAUGAAUGAGAUAAAAGUGAGUUUUUCUUUGAGAUGCCUCAACACAAAACAAACUACUGAUUUAUUUGUUAAACAAAGCGACCGUUGCAUUUUCUUCUCAUUAUUAUUGUUAUUAUAUAAUUCAGUGCAUGACAUAAGAGCUAUACAUUUCCUAUAAACGACCAGAAUUAUUCGGAACGAUUUAGAACGGUACAAGCUAUUUUAUUAUCAAAUACGGGAUGAUUCCCUAUUUUAAGGGACGGGUGGGGCAACCCUACCCAGCGGAGACUCUUGGUUCAUGCCGUAAGGUAAACUAACAAAACGAUGAUUUCCAUGUGAACACCGUAUUUACUGCCUUAAUCUGGCCACAACGAAACUUUAAUGGUGCAUAUUGCUGGAGAUGGAGGUCAGAUGGAGUUAAAAAGGCUAGCAAGAAUAAUCUUUUUUCAUAACCAAAUCAACAGCUAAAAUACCUUUGUCGUUCUCUUAAAAUAUCUAAAUGUUUGUUUACUUUGCCACUGUUUAAUGUGACCCCCCCCCCCCCUCCCCCCCAUGGAAGGUGUAACUUCCAUAAAACUAACAUUGCUUAUUUGGAAUUUAUCCUUAGACGAGCUGACCGGAAGCCCAGUGUCCAUUCUCGCAUCUGCAGCUGUCAUUUUCCUGCAGGGGAAAAAAUGUCCCUGUUUUGUUUUUAACCUUUUUAUCCACAAACGAUGUUCCCACUGGACAAAUGUUGGAAGUUCAUUCAUACUCCCUGAGACAGGAUAGCGCAGAUGUGCCUAAAAAUGUUCAACCACCCAUUGUAGCAACAAAAUGCCAUCUUUCCCUGUAGAGACCUGUUGUGUGAAUUAUCAGUUUUUGCAAUUAGUAUAUAGUUUGUUUUCAGUUUACUUAUUUUAUUAAAAUAAAGAUGUUUACUAAACUCUUGCUGUAAGGUUUCUGUGGCUCAGUGAUUAGAGCACUUUGUUAAGUGUGCAAAAGGUUGCAAGUUCAAUUCCCAGAGAACACGCUGAUAUGUAUAGCCUGAAUACAUUGUAAGUCGCCUGUCUGACAAAUAGCAAAAAUUAAAUGUUAAACCAUUGUAUACUAUUUGUAUUCUAUUGUAACUACACUCCAGUCAGCUCACAGUAAUGUGAUUGUGAGAUAAAAUUUACUACACUGGCUCUCACAUUGGGGCUUGUGGAUUACCAGGUAAAAAU